AUGAACAACCCUGAAUUCCGCCAAACCCUCCAUAACAUCUCCCAUAAUCUUGAGUCCGCCAACCAAGCGGCCCAGGAGAACAUCUACACCUUCGCCCAACUCUACAUCGAUCCUUGUCUUGCUGGACUGAGAUCCUGCCUGUAUGACUGCACACGGCCAUGUUUCCCAGGUCGAGAAGACAAUCUGCGCCGGAAGAGGGGGAGAUCGCGUGGCAGAGCUGAAUACAAUUUCGACUUCUACGACGCUUGGGACGAUGAUGAGGCCCUCGCCGACACUCCUUUAGGAUGGGGUAAUGAUGAGUUGGACAGUCUCCUGGCCGGUCAAAGUCCACGCUCGGGGCAGCCACGCAGACAACGGGCCAUGAGUUAUGGUUCUCGGGGGAAACGAAACCCCCCUGGGAUCCAGCCAGACCCAAAACAAGACCCGACCAUUAUCCCAGGCUCAUCCUAUUUGGGGUUCCUAGAACGCCUUCCGUGGAAAAUAGGGGCGCGUAAGUUGCGGUACAAGCCUUCGGCAGCAGACUUGCAAGAGAACCCCGGAGGAGCUAGAGUAAGGGACUCCGAACGGGAACCCUUGAUCGAGGAGAAUGAGGAGAAUGAUGUCCCUUGGGACAAGGGUCACGGCCGCCAAAGGAGCGAUACUGCCGGUUCAAGGUCGACCAUGAAUUCCCUCAGCUCUAGAGGAGAUCUUAUUAUGGGUGAUGAGGAAGAAGACGCCGUUCCCCUUGACGACGAAUUUGCAGUGAUGUUAACCCGGCGCAUGACGAAUCAGGGCUUGAAUGAGGAUCAGGGAAGUGGCAAGUCAAGAAAUUCAAGCGGCAGGCGGACGCGGGCUUCACGUCGGGCAACGCGGACCCCAUCCUCCAAAUCUCUGGCCAGUCCCAGUAUGAAGAGUCAAAGAUCCUCGUCGGCAAAAAGUCUGGCGUUAGUGUCGCCAAGCCCCCUACGGGAGCAAUCCCAGCCCCCAAUGAUGCUUGACUUCAAACGACAAGACGAUCAAGCCGAACCGGAAGACGAGCUAGAGGUCAAGCAAAAACGAGAAGCCGCGCAACGCCCUGCGCUCGAAAGAGGAUUAAACUCGCGAGAUGUCGAAGGCCUGGCUAGUGCAGAGUCGAAAUCGGUUCCUCCUGAUGCCGACGAAGUCGGACACGCAUCGUUGAAGCUGGACGCUGGAGAGGGGGAGGGGGAAUCGUCGCGGCCGGACGAUCACUUCACGAGGACGAACCGCCUUUCGGAUCCAUUUGGCCCAUCUGGACCCAGUGAUCGGGAAUCCGAGAAUGAUGCAGAUCCUACCUAG